AUGAAAUAUCAAGGUUAUGUUGCGCUAGUUUCCUACUUAAAGCAACAAAAAGGCUGUUUGUAUUAUGAGUUUUUAAAUGCACAUUGUGAUGUAAUAGUUGCUUCAUAUCCAUUUCCAGAUGAUUGGUGGGCCUUGAUGGAAUAUGCUGAAGAGCACUUCUGGUCAGGUCCUGCCUGGAAUGAUGAUGAAUGGAACAGGCUUGAUUUUCAAUGUUAUUGGGAAGAAAUAUUGGAAGAAAGAAAAAAAAGGCAAAGAUGUGAUGCUAGAUUUUUGACCUCAUCUGCAAGUCAAAUAAAAAUUCCUUUUGUACAAAUUGCUGGAACCAAUGGUCAGAUGCUAUUAGAAGUGUUGCUCAAUGGAUUUUAUUUAAUAGUGCCUAGUCCAAAAUUUCAGAUCCCAACUAAAAUAGAUCAAAUAGUCAAGUUAAGGCAAACUGUAAGGGUUGUUCAGCAUGUUAUG